CUCGUUCAAGCAAACGUCAACGUGGCCCUCCGAGGCCCUUGCGUCCUUACCGCGCAUCUUUUUGUUCGGGUUGAUUAGCGUUUGAACGUGGUUUCUGGAUUCGCUCUCGAGCCACGGUGGCCAGCGCGGCGCUAUGCCCGUUCUCGAGGGCAACUUUCAUGCUGGUUCGCUGACCCUCCACGCUGAGAACGACGUCGCCAAGAUCCUGGGCCGCGUGAGCUCCGAGCUCGACACCUCGCACCCCUUGGGCAAAGAGCUGAUCGACAGGGUCGGGAAGCACGCCGAUGACGCACACCAGAUCGGAAAUCGUCUCUUGAAGGUGUCCACCAUGAAGUGCACCCGACGGGUUCGCAAGCCUCGCGGUGCCGCUGCGGCUGCCAUCUCGCUGCCCGAUCGUGACGAGCACAUGCCGGCGUUCGAUGGCGAUGCUGGUAAUGGCGACGAUGGCGCCCAUCGUGCUGACUGACAGCUGACUGAGUCGAAGUCUCAGUCCUGACGGACAGGAAGUUUUCGCUAAUUUCGCCGCCGCCAUUGCCGUUUUGAUGGGUUGCUCAGAUGGGCGGAUGUGCCGUCCACGCGUCUACGCCACCCUCUGCAGCUUCCCCGUCGCCCGUCACUACUGGCAUCGGCAAUGUGCGACUUUUUAGCACGCCCUUGCUCCUCCUCCUCCUCGUCCUCAGUCCUCACGGUCUUCCCCUUCCUCCCCCUCCUCCUUUUUCUGCCCCCCCUUUGGGAGUUGGGC